GCGGUUCUCCUGAGCGGCGAGCGGAGCGGGCUGGUGGCAUCUCCCAGGCAGCCAGCACUGGAGAUGGGAAGCAACGCGGCCGGGCCCUGGCAGUGACAAAGUUUCCCAGCCCUGCAGGUCUCGUCACUCCACUGACGGCCAUCCGUGAUCGCCUAGGGAAAGGCUGGGGAAUUUUGAAUUUGGGGGGAAAACCCCAAAACAAAAAAUCUAGACCCACCUCGUUUCCUUUGUGGAGCUCUUUCUCAGGGUGGCCAGCGGCGGGAGCUGCAAAGUUGUGCGCCGCGGCUCACACUGUCAGGGGACCCGCCUUUGGAGAGACUUAGGUGCUGGCGCACCCAGAAGCCCCAGACGUGCCAAGGAGGUUGAGCGCGGGGGAGUUAGGGGUGCACAGCGAGGAGGGGCCCCGGGAGCUCUAUAUGGAGGAAGGACCCCAGAAUGGUGUGUACCAGGAAGACCAAAACUUUGGUGUCCACUUGCGUGAUCCUAAGCGGCAUGACCAACAUCAUAUGCCUGCUGUACGUGGGCUGGGUCACCAACUACAUCGCCAGCGUGUAUGUGCGGGGGCAGGAGCCGGCGCCCGACAAGAAGCUGGAAGAAGAUAAAGGGGACACCCUGAAAAUUAUCGAGCGGCUGGACCACUUGGAGAAUGUCAUCAAACAGCAUAUCCAAGAGGCUCCUGCCAAGCCUGAGGAGGCAGAGGCUGAGCCCUUCACGGACUCCUCCCUGUUUGCACACUGGGGUCAGGAGCUCAGCCCCGAAGGCCGGCGUGUGGCCCUGAAGCAGUUCCAGUACUACGGUUACAACGCCUACCUCAGUGACCGGCUACCCCUCGACCGGCCCCUGCCAGACCUCAGGCCCAGUGGGUGCCGCAACCUCUCGUUCCCCGACAGCCUACCAGAGGUGAGCAUCGUGUUCAUCUUCGUCAAUGAGGCACUCUCGGUGCUGCUGCGUUCCAUCCAUUCAGCCAUGGAACGCACACCAUCACACCUGCUCAAGGAGAUCAUUCUGGUGGACGAUAACAGCAGCAACGAAGAGCUCAAAGAAAAGCUGACUGACUAUGUGGACAAGGUGAAUAGCCAGAAGCCAGGCUUCAUCAAAGUUGUGCGGCACAGCAAGCAGGAAGGCCUCAUCCGCUCCAGGGUCAGCGGCUGGAGGGCAGCCACAGCUCCCGUCGUGGCACUGUUCGAUGCCCAUGUGGAGUUCAAUGUGGGCUGGGCGGAACCAGUCCUCACCCGCAUCAAAGAAAACCGGAAACGAAUCAUCUCACCAUCUUUUGAUAACAUCAAAUAUGACAACUUUGAGAUAGAAGAGUACCCUCUGGCUGCCCAAGGCUUCGACUGGGAGCUGUGGUGCCGCUACCUGAACCCACCCAAGGCCUGGUGGAAGCUGGAGAACUCCACAGCCCCAAUCAGGAGCCCCGCCCUCAUUGGCUGUUUCAUUGUGGACCGACUGUACUUCGAGGAGAUUGGCCUGCUGGAUGAAGGCAUGGAGGUCUAUGGAGGGGAGAAUGUGGAGCUUGGAAUCAGGGUGUGGCAGUGUGGCGGGAGCGUGGAGGUCCUGCCCUGCUCUCGGAUUGCCCACAUCGAGCGGGCCCACAAGCCCUACACAGAGGACCUCACUGCCCACGUCCGAAGAAAUGCCCUCAGGGUAGCCGAGGUCUGGAUGGAUGAAUUCAAAAGUCAUGUCUACAUGGCAUGGAACAUACCACAAGAGGACUCAGGGAUCGACAUCGGGGACAUCACUGCACGGAAGGCUCUGAGGAAGCAGCUGCAGUGCAAGACCUUCAGGUGGUACCUAGUCAGUGUGUACCCAGAGAUGAGGAUGUACUCUGACAUUAUCGCCUAUGGAGUGCUGCAGAAUUCCUUGAAGACUGAUUUGUGUCUUGAUCAGGGACCAGAUACAGAGAAUGUCCCCAUCGUAUACAUAUGCCAUGGGAUGACACCCCAGAAUGUGUACUACACAAGCAGCCAGCAGAUCCACGUGGGUGUCCUGAGCCCCACUGUUGAUGAUGAUGACAACCGGUGUCUGGUGGACGUCAACAGCCGGCCACGACUCAUCGAGUGCAGUUACGCCAAGGCCAAGAGGAUGAAGCUGCACUGGCAGUUCUCCCAGGGAGGCUCCAUCCAGAACCGCAAGUCCAAGCGCUGCCUGGAGCUGCAAGAAAACAGCGACAUGGAGUUUGGGUUCCAGCUGGUGCUGCAGAAGUGCUCAGGACAACACUGGACUAUCACCAAUGUCCUGAGGAGCCUGGUGUCCUGACCUCAACAGACACCACCAGCCACUGCUUUGCUACUGUGUAGCAUCAGCUGCAAUGUCGCCUGCUGUCACGUGGGGCUGCCUGGAGUCCGAGAGGGGGAGCCAAGUGGGUGGCCUCUCCCACAAAAGAGCUUUUUAUUUCCUAUUCAAUUUUCACGGAGUUUAUAGAGAGAUGCAGAGAGGUGGGUGAGGGUAUAAUAUCCUGAACUAUUUUACAAUUGUAAAUAGGGGACAAAUGGAAAAUAUUUAUAACUGGCAAUAAAAUAUUAUUGAUUAAGAAA